AUGAAGAUAGAGAAUUAUUUGAUUCUUCGAAUUCACGAAACAUUUCCAUCCAUACCUACUGAUUAUGAAGUAAAACCAUUGAGUAUUUAUCGGCAACUUGGCUGUGGUACAUUCUAUACUUAUAAAGUCGCAUUACCUGAUAAUCAAAUUGCUGAAGUCUCUUUUCAUCUAGGUGGUAAACGAGCAGUACCACUUGUUGGACCACCACAUUUUGAAAUUACUAAAAGCAACUAA